UAUAAAAAAAAGUUGUCUAUUGAUUUGUCGUUUUGCCCCACCGACAAGAGAAAUUUUUUGCUAAAAAUCACAAUUUUUAUCAAUAAAUUGAGUGACCAAAGUUACAAUAACUGGAUAGCGUAAUUUAUUCAAGUAUUUAUGAACGUUAUUUAAGAUUAGACAUUAUUUCAAUGAACUGUGAAAGGAUCUCCUAAAAGCUCUGUUCCGAUCGCUGAGUAAAUUUCGAUCGACUUUUCGCACAUCCUGAUCAAUCAAAACAAUAAAUAGUUUGAGUGUAAGAACGCGUGAAAUCGAUCGCGAGUGCUUCAUGCAGUGCAGUGAGUGCAGUGGAGCGGUGGGCGUCGCGAUGUAUCAGUAAAGGGGCAGAGACGGCUGGGAGCACUGGCUGGGGGUGUGAUGCUGGAGACGCGGUCGGUACGCGCCGCUGACUCGGUGUGGGCGAACAAGCCGCUGCCUGCGCCUCACGCCAUGGCUAACGCCAGGCAUGGGAAGAAUGCACAGGACGACGUGUGCUACGUGGUGGCGAAGUACGACUACGCGGCGCAGGGCGCGCAGGAGCUGGACCUGCGCAAGAACGAGCGGUACUUGCUGCUCGACGACUCCAAACACUGGUGGCGCGUGCAGAACGCGCGCAGCCAGUCCGGCUACGUGCCCAGCAACUACGUCAAGAAGGAGAAGCCCUCGCUGUUCGACAGAUUCCUACUAUGUUGCGUGGGCGACGAAAACUUACGCACUCUCUCUCGCAUCAAGAAGAAGGUGAAGAAGGGCGGCGGGUCUAAGACGCUGCCGUCGAACAGCUCGCCGGUGCGCGGCGGCGCGGAGUCGCCGGGCGCGCGGCGCGUGGAGCCGGCGGACGCGCUCGGCGCCGCGGUCGUCAAGUACAACUACCAGGCGCAGCAGCCCGACGAGCUGUCGCUCACCAAGGGCACGCGCAUACUCAUACUCGAGAAGAGCAACGACGGCUGGUGGCGCGGCCAGUACCAGGGUCACACUGGAUGGUUUCCGUCGAACUACACGAGCGAGGAGGGCGACAAUGAGGACCCCGUGCACACGUACGCCAUGGCAGAGAACGUCCUCGACAUUGUGGUGGCGCUGUACUCGUUCACGUCGAACAACGAGCAGGAGCUGUCGUUCGAGAAGGGCGACCGGCUCGAGAUCGUGGAGCGCCCCCCCUCCGACCCCGAGUGGUUCCGCGCUCGCGACGCGCGCGGCCGCCUCGGCCUCGUGCCGCGCAACUACCUGCAGGAGCUCGCCGACUACCUCGCGCAUCCCUACGGCGAGGCGGGCGAGGCGGGCGCGGCCGGCGCGGGCGCGGGCGUCGGGCCCGGCGCCGGCGCGGGCCGCGCGUGGUACUACGGCGCCAUCACGCGCACGCACUGCGACGCGCUGCUCAACCAGCACGGCCACGACGGCGACUUCCUGAUCCGCGACUCGGAGACCAACCGCGGCGACUACUCCGUGUCGCUGAAGGCGCCGGGCCGCAACAAGCACUUCCGCGUGCACGUGGACCGCGCGCUGUACUGCAUCGGCCAGCGCAAGUUCCCGUCGCUGGACCUGCUGGUGGCGCACUACCAGCGCGCGCCCAUCUACACCAACAAGCAGGGCGAGAAGCUCUACCUCGUGCGCCCGCUGCCGCGCGCCGACCAGCCCUGCUAGACCCGCCGCCACACGCGCACACCACGUUACACAUUCUGAGUACACAUUGUUAGUGACAUGAAAUUUUAAAAAAAUAAUAAAAUCCGUCUGAUCCCAAUCUAAACAAUUACAAUUUAACGAUCCCAAUCGCUAUCUUUCUAUACAAAAAUGAACUAAUCAAAAUAAAUAAAAAAGAAAUACUAUUUUGAUUAAUCCAUUUUUUUCAUUGAUCAGAAAAUUUGGAUUGAGAUCGUUUUUUGAGAUCGGCAGUCAAACAACUCUUCCACAAUUUACGAUAAGUCCGCUCGUCUCUGGUAAACUAUUCCAAUUUGUUGCGUUCAGAAACAUUUUGUGAACGCGCACAAGUAGACGGUGCAGCCGACAGAUUCCGACAAUCGACGAGACAGACGGCAGGUAGAAAUCUCUUUUUAUUUAUAGUACAAGGUGUGGGAAUCUGUGAAGCUCCGAGUAUCAGUUAAUAUAUACUCUAUAUAGUUAAUGCGGCGUUGAUGCAACGCCGGAUAUAUAAAACAGUAAUUAAACCAAAAAUUGGCUUCUUUACCACAUCUUUAUUAGUGUUAAACGAGAUAAUUUUCUAUAUCAUACUUGGUAAGUCCCUAUAAGUACUGUAGUGUAGUUAAAAUUAUUAUCAUUUAGUUAACGGCCCUUAGUUUGAACGUAUUGAACAAUGGAGGAUAGAUUCGUUUAUACAUUGCUUGAUUAUAUGAAAAUUAUUGCGAUAUUUUAUGGUGAUCUUUAAACUGUUUGUCCGAAGAUAAAUCAAAUACAUUGCGACUCUGAUAUUACUGUUUAUAUCAAUAAAUAUUUUCAUCAAAAAACGUCAAGAAUAUUGUCAAUUGUUAAAUGAUACCCUUUUUACUCGUCAAAUGGCAAACAGUUCAAACAUCAUGCAAAGUGAAUGUAAAUGUAUGUAAUAAGAAGUAACCCACAUUGCAUAAGUGAUGUUUGGCUAGGUAAGUAAACGUAAGUCAUUGUCAGGGAAUAUCGUGGUACGGUGAGAAUGAGUGUUUGUCAUUAUUUUAUAUUUUCUACGAUGGUUCGAGUAUUGCGUUAAAUUUGGUUGGUCGUUUAAACCCCUUGUUUUUUAUUGUAUUCUAAUACUACAAAGAUUCUCAAUAUUCUCAGUUUCUUUAAGUUUGCUAGUUGCGGUGGGAUUGCUACGACAGUACCGUCUACAAAAUAAAUUUUAUGCCCGUUGCCGUUCAAGUCUUGCGCAAUACUCGAACCUCAUGCCUCAGGCAUGCUGGAGUGAGUUCGCUCAUUUUUAUACGAGAUGGCGAGCUGUGCAUGGUCGAGUGACCGCUUAUAUCACAUCUCGUGGCACGGACGUAUUCAAGGGACGGUGUUGGGGGUCGUGACCCCCCGGCACACGCUAAAUAAUUAUAUAAUAUUAACGUUUUGAGGACAAUGGAAUUAUGUCAUUUUGUAUUUAAUUGGUUGAUGUUUAGAACUUCGUCGAUUUCAAGUCACGGGUAAAAACUAGACUACCUGUAUAUUCGACCCCCAUGCGAAAGCUAUCGCUGCGUCCGUGCGUGUAGGGAUAACCCGUUAAGUCUGACUAUAAGUGAUAUGUAUGUCUGUGUUUAUCGGACUUACAUGAGUUUUUAAGUCAUUUUUUUACAACGAAUUAGGAUUCGUUAAGGAUUGACACGGCGGUGGUUUCGACUGACUUUGUUUAUAACUACAUACCGGGACGAGUAGGCCGCUUGACUAAUGUAAUGUUUUAUUAAUUGAUGAUUCACAAGCGUAAUGUUUUUAAUUAUAUUAGGUUUAUUUUAUAAUUAAUUUUACGCAAACAAUAGUUUAUAAUUAUAAAGUAAGAAUAAUGGAGACAAGUCAAUAUUGGUCUCAAUAUUUUCAGAAGUAUACUCACUAGCUUGGACAAUGAAGUCAUCAAGUUAUUAUAUCAUUAUUAAUUUAGACUAUACUGUACUAACGGGGCAAUUUAAGGGAUAUAAAACUCUUGCAAUAACGAAUAUGUUCAUAUAAUAUCUAUGAGGUGCCCUAUAGAUAUUUAAGGCAUCAUUUAUGCUAAGUAUAAGUGAAAACGCUCUGUCACUUGUACAGUCAGCCACAAAAGCAGUUGAACAAAUGCAACAUUUUACAAUGCAUUUAAACAUUCAGUUAAA